GCACGUCACGGCCGACAUCAUCGGGGGGGACUUGCCGAGUGUUUACCGGAGCCAGGCAACGACUGCCGGGGCUGGAAAAACUUUGCUCUCAGCCGGACUCGAGAGCGCACGUACAGCUUCCCCUUCUGCUACCAGCCGAAGCCCACAGAAUGCGUCGGUCGCCGGGAUUAUAAGUGAUCUCUGUGGAAAGACAUUACGUUAUAAUCCUUUGCGAAGCGGGAUUUAUUCUAUAUUUCAAUAAUCAAAAAUACUCCUUAUAAUAUUGCUUUUCUUUCGUAUACACUUAUCGCACUUUCCGGAUAUUAGUACCGCUGGCAAAACUACGCAGGAUCACAUCAGUGGGAUUUCAGAUACAUAAUUUUUGUUUUUGGUGUUACCUUUCUUAAGUUUUAUGGUCUGGCGAUGCUUUUUCAAGUCAAUUAGACCUCGUCGUACCGAUUUCUGGACAAUGGAGUUGCAGAGGUAACCUGGUGAGUUUUGCACAAUUGCACGUUAUGAAAUGAGUAGUAUCUUACUUCCCGAACCGGUAACACGCAGAAGUAUGUGCGUAAUAUAAUAUGAGUCAUUACAUUAAAACACCAUCUUCCGUUGAUAAACAGAAAUGACAAAACUAUUCGUUUAGGUCCUAUCCUAUAAAACAUGGAUUAUAGUGAAAUGCACGAAUCAGUCAUUGCGCUGUCCAUUGUCACAAUAUCUGCCUUUACAAAUAAUUUUUUUCUAUUGCAAUAUUUUUAGCGUGUAUGCCAAGCUUUGCGUCAGUUUGUUGGACCUUAACUAAAUGUGACCUUUUUCUGCGAUGUUACGCAUAUAUACAUUUACAGAUGAAUAUGUGCUGAAGCGUUUAUAUGAAUUAACUAAUUCUCAGUUAUUCAUUUUGAUUCAUCUGCUGAUAGCGCCGAUUGCGCCUCCUUCUGUAUUCAGGUGUGCGCGUUGGCGUCUUUGAUGCCAGUUUAAUCGGCGGGCGGACAUCCAGACGAGGAGGCGGAGAUCCAGCUCUGAGCCCGAGUUCAACGCAGCCGCCUCCUGAUGAUGACUGUAAACAUGGCUGACGGUUUUCCCACCGGACCUGGACUUCACAGGAACUUGAAAGAUGAUGAGGAGGCUUUGAACUCCAUUAUGAAGGACCUGGUGGCUCUCGGGCAACGCUGCUACCCCCCAAUCAGCAGCAGCAAGGCGAAGAGCAGAGCCCCGCUGUUCAAACAGGAUCUGCGUGUUAAGUUGGAACAUGAGCGAGAGAAAAGGAUCAUUCUCUUCCAGAGGCCGUUAAAAUUCAAAGAGCUUCUCCAGAAAGCUACUGACGCCUUCGGACAGCAGAUGGACCUCUUCUACGCUGAUAAAGAGCUGCUGUAUUCGCUGAAGUGCCAGGAGGAUGUGGAUAAGGCCAUGUUGAGCCUGGACCGCAGCAACGGCAUAAGUAGUCUGCUGAGGGUGCUGCUGAAGACCCCAAAGAACAACCAUUUUUUGGAGGUCAACAGCAGAGCAGAUAAACAAAGUGAGAUGAAACCAUCUAAGUCCCUGGGAGACUUGAAGGGGUCCUUAUUCAAGGGUUCGGAGAGAAUCCGCAAACACUCCACGGGCUCCCUGCACCCUGGGCGCACCUCCCCCCCCCCGGGCAGUGUUCCUGAGGAGCAGCAGCAGAUCGCACGCCAAGGCUCCUACACCAGCAUUAACAGCGAAGGAGAGUUCAUUCCCGAGGCCCUGGACCAGAAUCCCUUUGGCAGUGCUGAGGACUCCCUGUCCGGGAGCUGUCAGUCCCUGGACCACUCACUGGACAGCCCCCCAUUCUCCCAGUUAAACAGGGACAAUAACUACCUGAACUUCAACUAUGAUUACAAAGGUCGGCAUGGGAAGGGCGGCACCUUCCCCCGGCAGUUUCACCUGUCCCGGCGCAGCAAGGACUACAACGACGGUCGCCGGACCUUCCCUCGUAGCUUCAUGCCUCAGGAGAGCCUGUUCCAGCCGGUGCCCCCCACCCUGCCGUACGCAGACCGCUGCACGGCAGUCCGGACUCCAGAUGACAGCCGGCGGCUCAAAUCUCCUCGUGCUCCAGCAAACUGGAGGUUGGGGAAGUUGCUGGGCCGAGGAGGAUUUGGGGAGGUGUACUUGUGCUACGAUGCCGACACGGGUCGCGAGCUGGCCGUCAAGCAGGUGCUCUUCGACCCCGAGUGCCAGGAGACAAGCAAGGAGGUAAAUGCCUUGGAGUGUGAAAUCCAGCUGCUGAAGAAUCUGAGGCAUGAGCGCAUUGUGCAGUACUAUGGCUGCCUGAGGGACCCCGAUAAGCGCAAGAUCUCCAUCUUCGUGGAGUACAUGGCUGGGAGCUCCAUAAAGGACCAGCUGAAAGCGUAUGGGGCCUUGCCAGAGAAACUGACGCGCAAAUACACCAAGCAGAUCCUGCAGGGGGUGUACUAUCUCCAUAGCAACAUGAUCGUACACCGGGACAUCAAAGGUGCCAACAUCCUUAGGGACCUGUCUGGGAAUGUGAAGCUGGGGGACUUCGGCGCCAGCAAACGCAUCCAGACAAUCUGCAUGUCCGGCACCGGGAUCAAAACGGUCACCGGCACCCCCUACUGGAUGAGUCCGGAAGUUAUCAGUGGGGAGGGAUACGGGAGGAAGGCAGACAUUUGGAGUGUAGCGUGCACGGUCGUGGAGAUGCUGACCCAGAAGCCACCAUGGUCAGAGUUCGAGGCCAUGGCUGCCAUCUUCAAGAUCGCUACACAGCCCACCAGGCCAGUGCUGCCCGAGGGUGUGACUGACGCCUGUCGAGACUUCCUCUGGCAGGUCUUUGUGGAGGAGAGGAGGAGACCCACUGCUGAGGUGCUGCUGAAACACCUCUUUGUACAGAGUAGCUUUUAAAUCACCCAGCAUUCGCACCCCAAUAGCGCCCCCUUCAGUGCCUGCCUCGUACUGCCUGCUGGGGUCACCCGAACUUCCCUUGUUGGGCAAAACCUGACCUUCCUCCUUGGCUUUCCACUCUUGGUGCAUCUAUCGCCUGGAGGCCGAAGCUUUCGUUUUUUGACAUCUAUCAUUGGUGCUGGGAACCAUAUUUGGAACUUCUGUAUCAGACCCACACGCACAGAUGUACAGUGGUUGCUAAAUCCAUAACUUGCCAUCUUCUCUGGAUCCCAUUUGGGCUGCAUCUUUGUCAGACUACUAAUGUGUUUUUCCAAACACCCUGAGGGUGUAUUCCUGCAACCAACAGAAGGAUAGAUUGAUUUUCAUUCCAUAACCUUCUCCACGUGACUCACUCCGACUACUGGCUUGGAAGAAGCCAACGGAUGAAUAAAGUGACAAUAAUAUGUACAUAAAGUACUGAACGUGUCAGCGGAAAACAUUUUAUAAACCCAAAGUGCAAAUUUACUUUGUCUUAAUAGUAUUGGACACUUUUACCGUGUUAUGAGAACCUGUUGAAGGAGUUAUAACUCAAAAAAUUUUUAACCUGCUAAUUUCUGCAAACCCACACUAUUGUGAUUAUUCUUGCACUUUUGAUAUAACGUUUUAAUAGGGAAUAAUCCAGUUGAAAUGGAGGUAAUAUUUUUGAUAAUGCAUAUGGCAUUUUUGUAGGUGUAUAUUACAAGUAAGAAGAGUCUUUUUUUUGGUCUGUAAUGAUGUUUACAGAAAGAUCAAACUACUGCGCUGUUAUAAUGAGUUACGGUGUAAGCGAUGAACAAGUAACACUCCAGUGCUGAUAGCAAAUGGUGCCCAUAUGAAUUUGCGUCUGGUUAAAUGUCCACACUGUUGUAUUUCAAAUCAAAAAUAAUUUUUCGAGUUACGUUUUAGUUGCCAAGCAAAUGGAUGAAAGAUUCAUUUCACUCCUGUACCCCUCUGUUGAAUACAGACCAGAAAUGUUGUAAUGCAGAAUCCAUAAAUACUGCAACUAUGGGUAAGUAAUGAAACGCACUUAAAGGCACUAAGGGAACGUCCGAGGUCCCCGUUUCGAUCUUGCCUCUAGGCCGGCUUCUAGCAAUAUUUACACUUCUGACAAAAAUGACAAUUUACAUGCAAGGCUGGAUUAAUAUCAAGAAUCGCCCCUGGAAUUUCCCCCGAUGGUAAAUUUUCCUGAGAGGGGAGGGUACCCUAUGAUAACUUUUGCUGACCAAGGGGGUCCCUCACAAUCAAUUUUGGCAGCCUGCAUGCCCAUCGGCCUACUGGGAAAUCGCCUGGUAUUCCAGAUGGCCAGUCCGCCGUCAUUACAUGAUAAGAGUUGCAUUUACGUGGAACGAAAACAGGUCGCAAUAGAGAGCAGUUGUGGUGUUUUUAGAGGUUUUUUUAAAAGGUGUUUUUAAGGUUUUUAAAACAGAUCAUGCUGAAGUUUUUAAUAUAUUAUUACGUAGUUUCAUGGAGAGAGAGCGUGAGCACAUGCUUUAAGUGACUUAAGGGGGAGGGCCAAUCCCCCUAUUCUAAUCCCAGUUCCUCGUUUCAGCCGAUGUCUGUCACUGUACUGGUUGUUGCUGUCACAUUUCUUCACUAGUCUCACGUUCCUGCAGUUGCUCAGUAGGUUCUGUUGAUCUCCAGUUGUGAAAACUGAAGAAUGAUCCAGAAAUCUGGGUGUGGGCGUCUGUCCCCUGUCCAUGUCCCCUGUACAAACACCAGCCAAUCAGCAAAUAGACUAGUGUAUUACGUUUGCCUAGAUUUGGAUCUCUGAGACCAAAGCAUUACAUCAUUUUAACCCACGGGACCCCCCUCCCCCCCCGGCUGGGAUUCGAGUAUCAUGGCAGGGCUCUCUCUCUCUCUCUCUCUCUCUGUCUCUCUCUCUCUCUCUCUCUGUCUCUCUCUCUCUCUCUGUCUCUCUCUCUCUCUCUCACACACACACACAUAUAAACACACUUCAUUUCAUAGCUUUGUGGGGACCAUCCAUUUCUAUGGGAAAAACCCUAAUCCCUACCCAGCCCUAACCUUAGCCAUAAGUAACCAAACAAAAUACAAGUUAACUUUUGGCAUUUUUAGUUUUUUUUGAUUGCAGUCAGAGAUUUUUAUAAAAUUGAAUUUUCUUUUGUGGGGACUGAAAAAAAAUGCCCCCCACAAUGUCACAGUAUUGGGUUUCUAUCACAUUGUGGGAACCAAAUGUCCUCACAAUGGAAUUGUAUACAUACCACACACACGCGCACACACACACACACACACACACACACACACACACACACACACACACACACACACACACACACACAGACACACACACACAGCCCUGGAGGAGUGACACGACAGGGCCGCUCCUUGGUUAGCACUUUUUCUUAAGUACCUCUGUAAAUGGGACACUGAGCAACAUCACACUGCAUUGAACUUCAAUUGCAGGCACAUCCUGAAGUUCUCAGAUAGAUCGACAGCCCCCCCCCCCCCCGUCUGACGAUAUUGGAGUCAGAUAUACAUUACAGUACCUAGAGAUAUAUGGACUGAGUGCCAAAAAAUUUAACCUUUUCUUCAUUGAAACCGAAGGCAGAGCACAAAUAGUGAUGGAAAAGGUUACAGGUGACAACAUCCAGCCAGUGCCUUCUGAAAACGCCCUUAAAGGGUAAAAUAGGUGUAUCACCCCGUGCCUUGCGCACUAUUUCCUACAUUGUGUCAAGUGAAGGUGUUUAUCUGCGCUGCUGCGAACUUUGCAGUUACGUUUUUGGAAGCACGUGAUCGCGUGCCCGGAUGACACCGUUUUCUGGAGGAGCAGCAUGAAAUUAUCUCCAUCUGAAGGUUUUUGACUGUACCCAGGAAAAGGACCUUAACGAGGCAGCCAGAAGACGUUGUUUAUGACUGAUUCUUAUAUACGUUUAAAUGAAUAAGGAAAUAAACUGAUUUUUAUAAGGCC